UCAGGCUGACUGACUGUUUCAUUCCCGAGGAGGUCAAACUCAGACAGUCGUUGUCACAGAGAGCUGAAAUGGCGCAGAAAGGAGCUCAGCUGGCUGAGGACAGUGUUUCUUGUUCGAUCUGUCUGGAUCUACUGAAGGAUCCGGUGACUAUUCCCUGUGGACACAGCUACUGCAUGAAGUGUAUUAAAACCCACUGGGAUCUAAUGGAUAACAGGAAAAUCUACAGCUGCCCUCAGUGUAGGCAGACCUUCACACCGAGGCCUGUCCUGGUGAAAAACACCAUGUUAGCAGCUUUAGUGGAGGAAUUGACGAAGACUGGACUCCAAGCUGCUCCUGAUGAUCACUGCUAUGCUGGACCUGAAGAUGUGGCCUGUGAUGUCUGCACUGGGAGAAAACUGAAAGCUCUGAAGUCCUGUCUGGCCUGUCUGAAAUCCUACUGUGAGAAACACCUCCAGCCUCACUUUGAAUCCUCUGCCUUUGAGAAACACAAGCUGGUGGAGCCCUCCAAGAAGCUCCAGGAGAACAUCUGCUCUCGUCAUGAUGAGGUGAUGAAGAUGUUCUGCCAUACUCAUCAGCAGUGCAUGUGUUAUCUCUGCCCUGUGGAUGAACAUAAAGGCCACGACACAGUCUCAGCUGCAGCAGAAAGGCCCCAGAGGCUGCAGAGAGAAGUUCAGGUGCGUCAACAAAACAUCCAGCAGAGAAUCCAGGACAGAGAGAAAGAUGUGUAUGAGCUUCAAAAGGAGGUGGAAGCUAUCAAUCGCUCUGCUGAUGAAGUAGUGGAGGACAGUGAGAUGAUCUUCACUGAGCUGAUCCGUCUCAUGGAGAAAAGAAGGUCUGAUGUGAAGCAGCAGGUCAGAUCCCAGCAGGAAACUGAAGUGAGUCGAGUCAAAGAUCUUCAGGAGAAGCUGGAGCAGGAGAUCACUGAGCUGAAGAAGAGAGACACUCAGCUGACACAACUCUCAAACACCGAGGACCACAACCAGUUUCUGGAAAAGUACCACUCACUGUCACAACUCAGCCAAUCUACAGACUUAUCUAUCAUCAAUAUCCGUCCUCUGAGGUACUUUGAGGAUGUGACAGCUGCUGUGUCAGAGCUCAGAGAUAAACUACAGGACGUUCUGAGAGAGAAAUGGAAAAACAUCUCACUGACAGUGACUAAGGUCGAUGUCUUACUGUCAAAUUCUCAACUAGAACCAAAGACCAGAUCUGGAUUAUUAAGAUAUUCACGUGAAAUCACACUGGAUCCAAACACAACAAAUUCAUUGCUGUUAUUAUCUGAGGAGAACAGAAAAACAACAUUCAUGAACGAACAACAGUCUUAUUCUAGUCACCCAGACAGAUUCACUGGAUGGCUUCAGGUCCUGAGCACAGAGAGUCUGACUGGACGUUGUUACUGGGAGGUGGAGUGGAGAGGUGGAGGAGUUAUUGUAGCAGUUGCAUACAAGAAUAUCAGCAGAGCAGAGAGCUCAGAGGAAUGUAAAUUUGGAUACAAUGACAAAUCUUGGAUGUUAGACUGUAACAAAGUCAGUUACUCAUUUUGGCACAACAAUGUCCAAACUCCUGUCUCAGGUCCUCGGUCCUCCAGAGUUGGAGUGUACCUGGAUCACAGUGCAGGUAUCCUGUCCUUCUACAGCGUCUCUAAAACCCUGACUCUCCUCCACAGAGUCCAGACCAAGUUCACUCAGCCUCUCUAUGCUGGACUUCGGUUAUCCUGGUCUUUUGGAGACACUGCAGAGUUGUGUAGACUCAAUUAAACAGAAGUAAUUUAAGGGUUAAAUGCUGUGUUUAAAUUGUUGUGACAUUUCUUCACCUGUCAGUCAAACGUUAUGGGUGGUACUUUGCCCUCUUCUCAUUGGUUGCUCUAUAAAUGUUUGAGUUUCUUUAGGUGGACCAAAUGUUGUAUUUAACGUUACAAUGACACAUAACAAAACUGUAUUUACUGUAUGUACUGUAACUCCUGUUGAACAGACUGACAUAGUGUGAUAUUACAUAGAUUCAAAUCUGUCUUUACUGAUGUUGUUUGUUGUUUCCUGCAGUGAACAUCACAGCAGGUGAACGAGUGAAAUGUGAAAACUGAUGAACGACACAAGAGGGCGCCUUCAUCCUGAUAACCAGGGAUGUAGUGGAGGUUAAAGCUCCUCAGCUCAGGUUGUCUGCAUGUCUUAGACCAGGAUUUUAAAGAUGAUUAGAAAUUUGAAUCCUGUAACUGAUGCAUUAUCAUUAAAAAAUAAAUAGUUUGACCUCUCA